AUGGCCGCAGCAGGUGCAAGCUCGCGGCUUGCCCAGCCGGAGCACUCGGUCUCGCAACACGGUCGUGUGUGGCGGGGCCACGGGUCAGCAUACAGGGGUGCAAGUCAUGGCAAGAAGCGACCUUUUGCCACGGCCCAUCGUCACGAAUCCGGGGGCGGGCUCAUGCCAAACCGCGGCACUGCAGGCGUUGGGCGUUGGGCGUUGGGCGUUGGGCGACGUAACGGGUACUCACGGGCUGACUUAUCAUCCAACCGUACAGGUAGAGAAAAAGCAUCUCCUCAUUCGAAUGGCACAGUUGGCAACUCACGCAAGUCGACCGGCGACUUGAUAGGCAGACCCGACCUCGUGACUCAUUCCCAGCCCCCGAUCCGGACCACAGGCCCACCCCGACCCCGACCGCCGGCGAGCAAGGAUGAGCUCCGUCCUACACAAUGCCUGUACGAAAUGUGCCGACACAAGAAGCACGGCAGGUUUCUACGAUGACGACGCCUCCAAAACACACUUGUUGAUAUGGACAUGGUCGCACACGAAAACCCAUCCACUAUCACGAAUGAUUUCCGCUCGAGUAUGCUGCACCUCGCGAUCCGCGCGUGGGGUCGGAGCCUAAAUCCUGAUUCCUGACACCGGACCCCCCCCUCCCCCCUCCAGCCACAUCCUCUGACGGAUGUCGCGCGCCCGACGACGCCCACAUGUCCAUCACGACGCACACCCCUUUGGACGGAUUAUUAACCGAAAUUUCCUUCGCAAAGGGGACAAGACAGGGUACUUACUUGUAUCCACAAUUCAAGCCAGAGAGACAACCAAGGAUGCAGCGUUUCUUCAACGACCUUGAUUCCGCCCGCGAUGAUGAUGGUUUCCCCGCUGCUUGAUCGAAGAUCACUCCCGUAUAGAGCACAUACGUGUCCCGACGCUGGCAAGCAAGAUCCCAGUGUCUACGAAGCCAAGUCGCCAUGCAAACAUGUCCUCAAUGUGCAACCUUCUCUGUGCCCUUAUGCGGGCUAAAGCCAGCGAAUUGGUCCUUGUCGAGAACAUCACCCCUUUGGACCCCUAACAAUACUUGUCAGUGAUGGAGCGGCAGUAUGCAAUCCGCAAUCUUGCUCCGCGUCGCCCAAACGACAUGCAUGGCAGUUGGGAGGCGUCAAACCUUCAACUCCUUUCCGCCCAGCUUGGACCGUUGCCCGUUGUGCGAAUUAAGGAAGACGAAGGGUUUAGACAAACAAGCCGAUGAUCCACCCAAGGUGUGUAUCUAGACUCUCGCCCCGCUCGACAUGUUGCAAUACCAUUCCAGUCGACAGGCUAUCGCGACACCUUUGAAUUGGAGGUUUCCCCCCUCUCUGGAUGCAGCAGAAACGGAAUUUCGUUGAAGGGAGGCCAGGCCUUUCGGGAUCACCCUCCCAGGCCUUCACCGACCGAGACUCUCCGGAGCAGUGCAGUGCCCCGACGGAGAACCCUUAGCCUACUAUUUUCACUGGGCAAGAUGAUUUGACAUCUUGUACAUCAGCCACCACUGGGAAAAGGCCCAGACCGUCGCGAACCCACUCACCGGCACCGGCGUCGUCGACCGCUAGCAUCACCGCCUACUCAUUGCCCACCCAACUGUCGUCGCACCCGUAUCCGUGCGCGCCGUCCGUCCACCCGCCCAACCCCGUGUUCAUCGAAAUCAAUCUCUCAUUUCCAUCAAUCUGUCCCUUUAACAAGCAAACGGGGGAAAACCCGCCUCCUGCUCGCGGGUUUUGCGUCCCCACCCCCCCUUUAAACGACCGCCGUAAACGGCGUCCGUCCGCCCGUAACGAAUCCAUCUCCUUCCUGCCCGCAGCCAUUAUCGGCACAUCGCAAAGCCGCACGACAACAGUACCAUUUCCACGUCCCGGCGAUCUGUAAUCAAAGUUCCGAUUCGGGGACAUUUCCAAGGCUUCCAAGGCAUACCUGCACAAGCACUCCCACACACUGAUAUAAGGUUGUAGCAGGCCAAAAAAAACCCCCCGACUCAUGUCCCUCCUCCUCCCCCAUCAGCACUGACGUCGAUGCUGUAGGGGGGAGGGGACGCUCGCGACGUGGGUGCGAACCAUGACAUGAUUCGUUGAAAACUCUAACCCAAUCGUGCAUUAUUGUACUAUCAAAGAGCCCAUCAAACCAACCAUGUUUACAGUUUCCCUUCUUGUUCUCUCGUUGAACAAUAACGCUACUUGGGCCAGCUCAAGUCGGUAGCCUAUUUGCCGACU